CAACCGCAAUCCACUAUCUAGUUCCACAACCUAUUCCAUACUCGCUUGUCGUACCGGAUCGACGAACCGGAGCUUUGCGUUACACUCAGUCAGAUUUACAGUUCGUGGUCAGGUGGAAUACCUGAGUGGAGUGCAUUUCCGAAAGAGAAAAAAUGAGCAUUUUUGUGGCGGGACUCGCUCCAGUGUGAUUCAGUGCAAUCCCGGAUUUUUACCGGAUUAUUUUACAGAAGAAGAUGCAACAGAGUGAUUACAGCAUGUAUUCGACCUCGUCUUAUCCUAUCGACAAAAGACUGUCCGCUUUGUCCCUAUCGACCAAACAGGAAACUCCCGAAUAUGCCAUAAACCGUUUCUCCCAGAAGUACGAUUCCUACCAGGAGUUCCUCUACAGAAAUAACCAACAGAGGCGUCGACUCUCAUCCACAGGGGAAGGAAGUGGCGACUCGAGUACAACUACCUCCGGAAGUAGUUACGGGGAACGUGAGGACGGUAGUGAAGGGAGGGCCGAAAGUGAUGAAACUGAAGAACGGGAGGAAAGGAAACCAUUAGAAGGUCAGAUUACGAACUACGAGAAACAGCAAGUGGAAACCUUCUUCAAAGGGUUGAAAACGCAGGUAUACGUUUGUGGCUCUUUGGCGAACUUAUACUUCAAAACAACCUCCGACAAAGACUGGCAACUCGUCUACACCGGCAUUCCCGUUGUAGUCCUCGAUAUCGGGGAAUCCCGUGCUCGCGACAAGCGCCGUAUUCAGAUCGCCCUCGCAGAAAGGGGCACUUGUUUCAUGCUCUGGAACGACACCAUCGACAACUUGUCCUCAUAUCGAGUCGCAGGGAAUGCUUUUCACACCAUGUGCUGCUCCUCGGACCACACCAAACACAUCGGUUUCAGCUUCGACACGGCCCAAGCUGCCGAUGAGAUGUGGUCGCAUAUCGAGCGGUUAGUUUCAGAUCCUGAAAAUAUAUCGCUUUCUACGCCAGGUAAAAAGAAGAAGAAGAAAGAGCGGAAAGUGCCAAAGCCUGCACCUCUUCCUCCCAAAAGCCAUAUCUCGCAGCCUUGCUGCUUUCAACAUAUCACGUCAGUGGAUAGGGAUGACACGAAUAGGUAUUACUCGCUGAAGGAGUUCGUGCCCAGUGGACACGCCUCGAGGAUACACACGCUCGAUGACUGAUUCUGUCUGGAUAAGAUUCUAUGUAACCAGAGUUGUUUGUGUGUAGUUUAGGAUUGUUAUCAAAGCUAAUUUGGUAACUAUAUUGUCAAAUUAAUGUAGAAACUUGAAAUAGAGGAUGUAUUUUUUAAAUUAAUCUGUGAUACCGUUCAUAACUUUUAUUUUAUAUUACAUACUUAGGUGUUUUCCUUUAUGAGUAAAGGAUUUACUGUAAGUGUAGUUAAGCUGAUAAUAAAUAUGUUUCAUUUCGA